CCUCUCUGUCUCCUCUCUGGGCUGUUGCUGUUGCAGCGCUCACACACACCCACACACACUACACACACACACACACACACACACAGAGGACCGGUUAUGUGAUGGGUCUUGGAGCGGAGCCCGGGAGAGCGUUCCUUCGCCAGGGGAGCUGGGUGAUGAUGAAGAGCAGGUUUCUGCCGCUGACCGGGAAGUUCGGUUUCUACUUAGAGACGACGUUCAACGGGAAAUAAAGGAGCCACCGCUUCCACUGAGGGAUUAAACCACUUAUUUGACUCAUUUACCGUAGAAUUAUCACAUUUCUUCUUGUUUCUGCGCUGAUAUUUUGUUUUGAAUUAUGCUGGAGCUCACCUCCGGAUUGUACAUGUUGCCUGGCUGAUGCAGGGCUGCCUCUGGAUUCGGGUUCUUCUAUGCCCAUAUUUGGAGUUAUUUGAUUAGGCAGUUAACAGGACGCUACACAUCCAGGUCAAAUGACCGUCUAAUGCCCGUGCUGAGUGUGACGAGCCGCACUGUGACAUGGAAAAAACGGGACUCUACAGCCUCCUUUAUUACUUCAUUCUCAAUUCGCCCUUUAUGAUUUGUGCAAACGCUGCAUUUACUGAAGUCCCUAAAGAUGUAAGUGUGGGGGAGGGAGAGGAUGUGGAGAUGCCCUGUGCCUUCAAGGCUGUCAGCUCGGCACCCAUGUCUUUGGAGAUCCAGUGGUGGUACCUGAAGGAGGAUGUGGCUAAAGAGCUGCCUCACGAGCUGCAGAUCAGCUCCCCGGCCAACAGAGCUAAGGUUGUUCCGAGGGAAGCCACAAAAAUAAGUACUGUGCGUGUCCAGGGCAACGCUAUCUCCCACCGCCUCAGCUUGUCCAAGGUGAAGAAGGAAGAUGAGGGGGUGUAUGAGUGCCGCGUGUCUGACCUGUGGGCCGAUGAGACUCAGGAAUUUACGGUCCAUGCAGCGCUGCACGUCACAGCGGGUGACGGCAUGGUGGCCGAGGAGGCCGUGUCGCACAUCCAGAACCGCUGGCCUCUGAGGAAUACCAACACAGCUCUAGGAGGGGGCGGAGGUGGGAAGGCGACCUCGGAGCCGGGCCAGGGCCUGGCAGGGGGUCAAAGAUUAGGGCAGGGGAAGCAUCGGGUGCCUCAGCAGGCCCAACCUGGCCUCCUCCCGUCCAUCUCGUCCACCACCACCUCGGUGGCCAAGUCCUCAGCCUCACCGCUGCCAGGGAAUGCAGCCAUCCUCCGGCAGCAGCACGGAGCUGGAUGCAGCAUAAUGAGCACCAUGGACCCCCUCCUCUGCAUCACUCUCCUGUUCCUGCAUAGGCUCCUCCCCUUCCUGUUGGCCCACUGAAGAGACUUCAACCAAAAUUAUGUCAACCUGCAACGUUCUCACUUUCUAUACCAAACAAAAUCAAGCAGCAGUCCCACCGAGGGAAAAAGGCUCACAUUAAAUAGAUGUAUGCCGUUGCAACACAUCACUGCAGGGAGUGAAAGCAAUGCAACAAAGGACGGAGACGUCAGAGGACAAGGGACGGAGAGAAGAGACUAAAUAAAACAGAGGAGAAGGACGCUCCUCAGACUUGAAACAAGAUGUAAGCUACAUGACUGUGGACGGAGCAGAGUGUGGAGAAGAGAAAUGUGCAUAUCGUGAAUGAUGGGAGCAUCACUACUGAUCCACACACAGCCUAUACAGCGUGGCCACAUGAAGCGUUGCCUCUACUUUGCAUAGCACCUGCUUCACGCAUGGCCCUCUUCAGAUAUUCCACUACCAUAUUUCUGUUGCAGCAUUUCCACUGUGAAUUCUGACAACACCAAAUCACUGAAAUGUGAGUCCUGCUGUCGAUCUGAACGUAGUCGUUUCAUUUGUUAUAAAGACGACAUGUGAUUUCCAUGUUUUGUUAUUAUUUUGUUGGAAGGGGGCAAUUUGAUCAGCAUGACCUGUCAGUCAUUUACAUACUUCUCUGUAGCCAUACCAGACAUCUUCAUUAUAGAGACAGUGUGUUAGUCUAAUGUAUGUUCUGUCCACCACCACCACCCCCCCACACACACACAUACACACAAACACACACACACUGACUUUUGUUCUCAUAGCUGUGUUCCAACAUGUAAACAACAAAUAAUAAGCUGAUAUAUUUUGAUUAAGAUAAGGCACACCUUACCAUUGUUGUUGUUAAUCACCUCCAAUAAUGUUUAUUUUUAUUAAAUAUAUGGUGAUCAAA